AUGACCGUCUUCACCAGCGUGCUCGGGUACGCCGGCCUCGGCUUCCUCACGCGCUGCUACGCCCUCGGCCUGCAGAAGCGCAACAUCUUCGACGCCCUCGGCGGCCACGCCAUGAUGAUCACCGCGUUCGGCGGCCUGGGCUACUACAUGCACGGCCUCGAGGGCCGCCAGCUGGCCUAUAUUGCCGCCAAGAAGGAGCAGAUCCAGCAGAACCGCGAGCGCGUCGCCGCGCGGCAGCAGGGCGGCGGCGAGGAGGAGGAGGAGUAGAGGAGAACGGGAUGGGGGGAGAUGGGAGGCAAUGGAGAUUCGAUGCUUACGGGACGAGCAGAGAGGAACGCGCUUGGCGGAGGGCCUGACGGGCGGGCCGAAGGACCUGGCAACAGUGCGCGCGAGGCUUGCUCGUCUCCAGACUGGCUCGCGGCGGACACGGGAACGGGAUGUGAUGACGGGUGACGCGAUGGAUGUGGGGUAUGGU